CUCCGGCAGGCGCAUAAAACGAAGCUAAACCGUCUCCUCAGGGACCCCCAUAAGUCAUCGUUCGAAAGCAUUGUCUCACUUACAAGUCCGAGAACCAACACCCAACCCGGACAGGUCGCACAAACAAAAGCAACGUCCGGCCAUGACGGCUAUACGCCACUCAGAAGAAUGGAGAGCUACUCUGCCUUACAAUAUUGACGGCGAUGGGGAGGCUAUGCUAAGGGAGAUAAAACAAGGCGUUGCAACCGCCGUAGCAGCGGCGGACUAUGCUCCGGGCUGCUUCAGAUGGUUCAAGAGGUUGAAGAGUUAUCUGGAGCUGAAGUACCCAUUGUCACUCGACGACCGCGCCAACUUUGCGCUGAUCUUGAACGAACUGAUAUGUAUACCGGAGAUGGACCUGAACGUCGUAGGGUUCUUUGCCAUACUAUUGGCAAAGUUGAUCAAGCGAAAGGAGGACAUUCCAUCAGAUCGUAUCACCCUGAAAUGGCGACCGCUAUACAAGCGCAUCAAAGAUCUAUCCACGCCAAAGGACAUCUCACGAGUGUCCAUGGGCAGCGCCGCAGUCGCUGGCGCCGUCGCAUCCGUCGUUUCGCGCGGCAACCGCUUCUUCCCUCCAGAAGCAACCCAAGAAAUUCUCGAAGAGCUUCUACCACGCAUCAACGCGCACGAAACGGGAUGGCUUGCGGUCGCCAAAGCUCUACUCGCAAUGCUACUUCCCACCGAAAAGCCCCCUCCUCUUCCAGAGUCCCUCAAAUCCACAGCCGGCGUCGCGCCAUUCUUCUGGGUCCCGACCCUGUUCUCGCUAUGGUCCCUCUCUCGCGGCUCAGGACCGGAGAUUAGCAUGUUCCUGGAGCUUCUGAGCCGACUGGUGGAAGACCAAGCGCCGUGUCCUUACAAUGUUAAUUUCUCUGAAGCCCAGGUUCGACAAGUCUUUGCCGCGGGAUUGGGAACGCUGCAACUCCCCGUGGGAAGCGGCACAAACGCAAACACGGCUAGUGGCGGGCAGGGCGGCCGGAUGGGGUCCAUGAUGAUGAACCGCGCGAACGGCGGUGGAGCAGGUGGUGGUGCCGCGGCUGUGUUGGGGCAGAAGGCGACGGUUGAUCCCUUCGCGGGCUUUGUCGUCUGGACUUUCUUUCCAAAGAAUGCGCCUGGUGUUCAGUUCAACACUAUGACGCAUUUGAAGGAGAUGAUUCAGGCGAUUGAGAGUUACUACCAUCCGUCGAAUUCGGGACAGUGGACGUAUCCCCUUACAAGGAUGCUUCAGAUGCUCGGGUUUCAGUAUCUGCGAAGAUUACGCUAUGAGGCACAGCCCGACUGCCCCGUUCCACCCGAAUACCGCUUGACAUCUGAAAUGUCUCACGAAUUUGUAACUCUCCUGCGUCCCAUCGUUUUCCUCUCAAUGUUUGGCAAAGACCAGCUAUCUGUCCACUGCUCACAUGCCGCACUCAAAUACUUUGCCUGGAUCCAACCUGCGGAGGUCUUGCCAGGGCUAUUGGACCGCGUCUACCCAGCCCUGGAAACAGUCACGGAAAAUCAUCGGACGAUCAGCUGCAUCGGCGCAUUGACGCAAGUCGCGCUACCGCUAUUGAACAGGAAACAUUAUCCAGAGGGCGGUGCGCAUAUCCCCGCUUUGCUGGAUCUGGUGUUACCCGGCAUCGAUCCCAACGACCAUCAGAAGACGUUUGCGGCGCUGAAUUUCAUUCGACAGGCGCUUGUGUGCAUCCCUCUCGUGGAUUUGACAAAAAGCCCGGUGCCGGCAGAAGUCGCGGCGGAGCAAACCAUCGAAGACGAGGAGUGUCGACUGGCCACGGCGGUGUUUGAGGACUGGGUCGUUCGGUUCCUCGACAGAGUGUUCCUGGUCUUUGAAAACUUGCCGCAGGAGCACGGCCACAUCAAAAGCAAAAACUCGCUAGAAUCCUCCAUCAUCCGCUUGAUCAAAGUUACAUGCCACCUCGUCUUUAUGCAAAUGUCGCCCGAGAUCGAAGGCAUCGCCGUGCGGAAGGUCGCCAAUUUCGUCACCGAGAACGUCAUUGCAAACGCCACGAAAGCCGUCGGCUCCCUUUGUGGGAUGACCGGUACGCCCAAAACACGGUUGGCGACCUUCGUCCCGCUCUGCCACAAGCAAAUCAUGACUGAGCUGGAACACGGCGCGAGUUCGGAUAGCGUCACGCGGUCGUCGUCGUUCCCGUUCGGGUUUGCGGCCAUGUCGGACGCCCGCCUGCAUUGGCAUCAGUGUAUCCUGUUCAACGUAGUUGCGCAGAGCGGCGCGGAGGUUCUGAAUUGGAAGAAGGAGAUCAUGGAGGUCGCUGUGGCGAGUAUCAAGGCGUGUAAAAGCCAGAGAGGGUGGAAGUGGGCGGGGAAAUUGAUCCGGCUGGUGGUCAGCAGUUCGUCUUCGACAUAUCCACUUGAGAUGAGGAGCUUUGGGAGCACGGCGUGGAAAAACGAGGCGUUCGUUGCCGCGAGCCACAUGCACUGGGGCGAACCCUCCGACCAGAAGAACUUGGAUAUCGACUGGCACUCCCCGAACGAUGAGGAAAAGAAGCUUGCACUGGAAGUGGUGGAUGAGCUUGUUCCGCAGGCGUUAGGGGAGCUGAAGCGGUUGUUGGGAGAAGUGCAGGAUGGGACGCGGGUUGGCGAUAAACGGGUGCAUAGCAAUGAGAUUCAGAAGUGGACGUCGGUUCUGCAUAACUGUCUGAGGGGGAUGACGAACCUUAUUGGACCGGAGGCUCCGCAAUCAGAAGUGCACGGGCAUUCAUCCACUGCGAAGAGCACUGACGUCAUGGAAAUCGACCCACCACCGGGCGAAGAAGGCUCACACGACGUCGAAGCCGCGGAUGAGGAGGAAGAGCGCAUGCGAGAUCCCCUAUCCUGCCGCCUCCCGGUCGCCGCCGGCUACUGUUUCGAACCCGGCACCCCCCAACACGCCCGCGUCCAAGCCCUCCGCGACGAAAUAACCCUCUACCUCGAACAAGCAUCCCAGACUUUCCGAACCCACUCCGAAGACGACAUCGAAUCCACCAUCCUCCUCAUCCGCUGCACCAUCACCCUCCUCAGCAACCGCGGGGUCCCACGCACCGUCUACGAGAGCCUUGUCCACGUGUACGCCUAUCUGCGCAUGAUGCUGACGGAAGGCAAGGAUGUACCGGACAAGAUCGUCCCCCGGUACGUGCGCGUGUCGAAAGCCACGUUGCUGCAUCUCGUGAGACUGGAGUAUAACGCGGGCUGCGGGCCGGUUGUGGCGUCGCAGAAGCGGCUGGUGAGGGAGUUGGCGGAGUGGUGUGUAUCGCGGUAUGCGGUGGUGAGGAAGGAGGCGCAGAGGGCGGUUUCGACGGUGUUGCGGUGUUUUCCGGCGUCGGUGAGGAGGGCGGUGUUGAAUGGCGCGGUUACGAUUGUUGCGUCCGAGGGGAAGCAGAGGGGAUGGCUGCCCGCGCCUGCCGCCAAUUUAGCAGAGGGGUUGGAUGCGAAACAUGUGGCGGAUAUCGAGGCGGAUCGGCUGAAAGGCGCGUUGUACCUCCUCAAAGCAUCUGCGAUGGUCGGGAUGGCCGUCAAAGAUUAUCAACCGCUCAGGAAGGUCCUCGUCGCGCUCGCAAAAGCCUAUACAUCCGACAAAAAGUCGAUCCAAAAACGCUGGGUGGUUCUGUCGAAAGAAAUUCUGGGCAGGUAUCAAGAAAUCGCCAUCGGGCUCCCCAUCUCGGACGACGCGGUGGCCGCCUCUCGGAAGCUCGUGGACGUCAGUACCGUGGAUCAAGGCCUCAUAACGAGCAGCACAACACGCGCCAAAUCACACGCGGAGAAGAACAGGGAUGCGUACAAUGGCAUGAUUGUAGAUCUGAUCCAUAUCCUGGAACGCCCGGGGAUCCCGAUCACGUACCGUUCGGUCCUCGUCAGCUGUGUCGAACUCGUGUUGCGGGAAGACGCACCCGUCCCCGGCGAUGUUACGAAGUUUGCGUUGGAGAAGAUCAACUCGGACGAGUUGUCGUUGAGGCAGGUCUCGAUGCGGCUGUUGCAUAAGGUCAUGUACAUCAUCAAGCAUCGGUCGAAGGUGUACAGCCCGGAGACAUGCCCGGCUGUGCUGUGUACGACACACGAGAUGGUGGAUCCCCAGGCGGUGCUCAAUGGCCCGGCGAAGCGGAUCCAAAGUGCGGAGGAGUGGCGCACGACGGUAUUUGUGGACGACAUGAAACCAGGGUGGCUCUGCUGGCCUGCGAAGGUCAAAGUUCGGCGCGGUUACUCAGGAGCGGUUGCGUCUGAUAGUUUCCAAUUCAACGACCCGGAGUCGAGCGAGAGUAUCCAGCACCUCACGACGCAGCUCACAUCGAACGACUUCUGGACGUUAUACUUUAAGUUCCGCUCGCUGGAGAAUGCGGGAGGCGGCGGAGGAGCUGAGGCUGCCACCGCGGUAGGGAGCGCACCCGCCGAACGCUUCCAGAAAUCUGCCGCUGCCGUCUACGCGUAUGCAUGCACCAUCAUCGGACCACGUGUACUUGAAUCCGUGAAACCGUUCGUCACGCAACUCUCCGAGGCGCCAGUUACAGACAAAGCCGCGCAGCGGGCGAUUAUGGAGGUCGUCGCCGGCUGCCUGGCCGGGUCCAAGUACUGGCGGUUCGAGGACGUGCAGACGUGGGUGUGGACGUGGGCUACGGAGAUUGUGCAGAAGGGCUUACAGAUUGCGGACACGGAGACGUUCGCGCUGUGGGCCCCUGUGCUGCGAUACGGAUUGGCGCAACGAGAUCCUAGCCGACAUCUUCCGUUGAUCACCAGCCUGCUCUCGCAAACCUUGGAUCCGACAUCGCAGUCGUUUUUCACGGAGUCGAAGAAAUUGACUACUGCUCGCAUGAUACUUACGACUUACAACUGGCGGAUUGUAUCGCCGUCGGCGUCGACGUCGAUGGUCACUGAGUCGCAUGUAACGCUGCCAUUACCAUUGGGCGAGCUGCUGAAAACGUAUCUGGCUGCCUUGGGACAUCCGUACGAGCAAGUCCGUCAGAACCUCGGCGCGAAUAUUUCCGCUGCCGUUAGCGCCGCGUGGGCCAUUCGGGCAAAGGACGUGGCGGCCGUAUUUGAUCUUUCUAGACCGCAAGUCACGGGAGCGAGUGGGCAAGCGUUCAUGCCCACCGAGCUGGAUGCGGUUAGCCGACCAGUUGUUGGAGACCUGGUUAGGCAGCUGGUCACGCUUCGAGAGAGACUAGCCACGAGUGGCGAGAAGGAGGGAACUAGUGAACAGGGUUUGGAGUAUAAGAACGCUGGGAUGACGGUUCUAUCCUGGCUCUCGAACUCCCUGAUGUCACCAACAGUCGCCAGUCACUAUGCCUACAUUCCGCACCUGAUGCCGGAAGUCCUGCAGAUGCAAGUCUGGGGCGACCAAGACCUGCAACGUAGUGCUCAACUCAUGUCGCAGCUGUACGUCAAUCUUCCUCACCCCGACACGAUGGUACCGGCAGCGCUGGAUAUGCUGCUCCGCACCAGCAGUCUGAAUGCGCCAGCACCCGCGGACUCGACAAUGGUGUUGAGUCCAUCGCCAAGUCCUCUCGUACGAUGGCAGCUCAGGUGGCGAGUCCUUCCACUGCUCCAAAUCUUUUAUUUCCGGCACUUGUUCUACAUUCAAUCCGAUGUCGCCCUUCGGGUCGUGGAAGGCGUCGUAGAUCUCCUGCUAGCCGACCCACAUGUGGAAGUCCGCCAGCUGGCGUCAGUGACCCUCGCCGGUCUCAUUCGAUGUUCGCAUCGAGACGCCGUGAUGCGUUUGAAGAAGAAAUUCGAGAAGCUCCUGAAGAGCGCGCCGUUGCCCUCCCGCCGUCGACGAUCAGAUGCAUCGUCUCCAACGUCUCCUGAAGCCUCGGAAACGUAUCAGCAGACUUUGCAAAGGCGCCAUGCUGCUGUUCUUGGUCUGAACGCCCUGGUACAGGCCUUCCCUUAUGAGGUUCCGCGGGAUUGGAUGCCCGACGUGCUGGUCACGUUGUCUAUGUGCGUGGGAGACCCUGUUCCCGUUGGAUCUGCCGUUCAGAAACUGUUUGCCGAGUUCAAGCGAACGCAUCAGGAUAACUGGCAUGAAGAUCUGGAAGCAUUUGAUGAAGAUCAGAGGGAGCGCUUGGCUGAUUUGUUGAUUUCCCCUAGUUACUAUGCUUGAUUUUGGAUGUAGCCGCUUUCUCCCCUCUCAAAUAGUCCGCUCGCCAGUGGAAACUCCCUGCCGAUAGAUGUGCAUACCUUGUAUCUUAUGAGCUAGACCAAAUAUCUGUGACUUAGCAUUUGAGUUAGACGUGCCUAAUUUCGCGCUGGGGUCCCCGUUUGAUUUGCCUGCCAAAGUCUGGUUCUGCUACAGUGGACUGCGAAU